AUGGAGGAACAAGAGACUGGGGCCUCGCCAGCCCCAGCAGUAAAGGCGUCGCCUCUCGUUCGCCUCCCCAACGGAACAUUGGCCGGCACUUACAACCGCCCUUACCGUCAAGAUUUCUUCCUCGGCUUUCCCUACGCCGCACCUCCGGUCGGCGACCUUCGCUUUCGCCGCCCUGCUCCCCCAAAGGCCUGGCACGGAAUUACUAGGCAGGCUGACUCGUACAGCUCGUGGUGUCUGGGUAACAGCUUGCAUCUGCGUGGCUUCAGCCAGAAUGUCACGGGAGAGUCUAGCGAAAACUGUCUGUACAUGAACCUCGUGCGUCCUUCUAGCGCUGUACAUGUUGGCCACGGCUCCAAGCCCGCCCCGUUGCUGCCCGUCCUGGUGUGGCUCCAUGGGGGCGGCUGGUCAGAGGGUAGCGCCAACGACGGCCGGUACAACGGGUCCUUUCUCGUCCACACCUCGGUCAAGAUGGGCACUCCGAUCAUCUACGCCAGUUUCAACUACCGGCCCGGUCUGUUCGGGAGGAUGAGCGGGCCAAUUCCGCAAGAGGCUGGUGUAACGAACCUGUUGCUUCAUGAUCAGCGCCAGGCACUGGCUUGGAUCCAGGAGAAUAUCGUGUACUUUGGAGGAGACAAGGCUCGUGUCACCAUCAUGGGCGAGUCAGCGGGCGCCGGCAACGUGGGCCAUCAUCUACUGGCCCCGGACGAAGGUCUUUUCAGUGCUGCCAUCGCACACAGCAGCGGUCCGUUCGCGUCGAAUCCCUUCCUCGACGACGCCGCGGAGGCUGCGGCAUUCACCGCUGCUCUCAACGUCACGGGAUGUACAGAUGCGCUUCAGCCGCUGGACUGCCUCCGUAGCGUGCCCGCCGAGGUAAUCCAGAAAGCCGGUACUUCAGUGCCUCAAGUCUUUGUCCAGGACGGAGAAAUCCUCACCGAUCGAAGCUCCCGUCUCCUGGCGGCGGGCCAGUUCGUCAAGGUGCCACUCCUGAUCGGUUCCAACAGGAACGACGGCACAACCCUCACGCAGCUUGACAUUGAGAAAAACAGUCCGGUCAACACCCUCCAAGAAUUUGCAGACAUCAUCACAUCGGUCAAUGCAGGAAACGUGCCCCCACUAGAUGCGCUGUGCACCUGGUGGCGGCUAUACCAGGAGGAGAUUGAUAACCCAUCCGUUGCCGGCCUGGGCACCGUGGUCGCCGAUGGCGGAAAAGCACUAGGAUCCGCGUACGGCAAGAUGAGUCUCUGGGAGGGAGACAAUUACUUCACUGCAGGCAGACGUUACGCCAAUCAGGUGUGGGCAGAGCAUCGAGUUCCCAGCUACAGCUUCUUGUUCGACACAGUUACUGCGAGUCUCAGCCCACAACGCGACGGGGCGGCACACUUCCAGGAAAUUCUGUACGCCUUUGGAAACAAAGAUGCCGUCGGCUGGGAGCAGAACCCGUUUCCGACGGACCCUGAGCUGCGAGCAAAGCACUUUGCCCUCGCGGACGCCAUGAGCAGGAUGUGGGUGAGCUUUGUUGCGACAGGAUCACCCAACAAUCACAAAGUGCCUGGGCUGGACAUCACCUGGCCUGAAUAUUCCAAGGGCAACCCGACAAACAUGGUCUUCAGUGCGACCGAGGGCGUGCAUGUUCAGCCCGACACUUGGAGGGCGGAGGCUUUGCAGUCGUUCAUCGAUCUCGCCGAUGAGUUUAACAGGUAA